AUGUAUCGAUUUCAGGAAGCUAAGCAUUCGCUUGCCCCUAUCCAUUCCCACCCUGUCUCUCUCUCUCUCUCUCUCUCUCUCUCUCUCUCUCUCUCUCUCUCUUAUAUACAUUUUUGUUCCUCCUCUUUGAGUGACACUCACUCCCAAACUUCUAUUCUUUUUUUCUCUCAGCAACAAUCAUUCAUAGGUGAUUUUUUUCUCUCUUUGUUUUGUUUCCUCACGUUUUCUUUCUUUCUCUUUGUCUGUCUUUCUUUCUUUGACAUCUCACAUUUUCUUUCUUUCUUUCUUUCUUUCUUUCCUUGUCUACCUUUCUUUAUUCCAUCUCACAUUUUCUUUCUUUCUUACUUUCUUUCUUUCUUUCUUUCUUUCUUUCUUUCUUUCUUUCUUUGUCUACCUUUCUUUAUUCCAUCUCACAUUUUCUUUCUUUCUUUCUUUCUUUCUUUCUUUUUCUUUCUUUUUUUCCUUGCCUACCUUUCUUUUUUCCAUCUCACAUUUUUUAUCUUUCUUUUCUUUCUUUCUUUCUUUCUUUCUUUCUUUCUUUCUUUGUCUACCUUUCUUUAUUCCAUCUCACAUUUUCUUUCUUUCUUUCUUACUUUCUUUCUUUCCUUGUCUACCUUUCUUUAUUCCUUCUCACAUUUUCUUUCUUUCUUUCUUUCUUUCUUUCUUUCUUUCUUUCUUUCUUUGUCUACCUUUCUUUAUUCCAUCUCACAUUUUCUUUCUUUCUUUCUUACUUUCUUUCUUUCCUUGUCUACCUUUCUUUAUUCCUUCUAUUCCAUCUUUCUUCAUUUUCUUUCUUUCUUUCUUUCUUUUUCUUUCUUUCUUUCUUUCUUUCUUUUUCUACCUUUCUUUAUUCCAUCUCACAUUUUCUUUCUUCCUUUUUCUUUGUCAACCUUUCUGUUUUGUCAUCUCACAUUUUCUUUCUUUCUUUCUUUCUUUCUUUCUUUCUUUCUUUCUUUCUUGUUUGCUCACUUUUAUUACUUCAAAUUCACUCGAUACCACUCUCAGUAUUUCUUUCUCUUCACUCUAAAAUUGUCCCUUAUGCAUAUCUCUCUCACAACCUCUCUCUUCGCCUUUCUGUACAUUUUCAUUUUUUUCAUCUUCCUCUCUUUCUCUCAUUUUCCCUUCCACAAGUUUUCUAUUCUCGCUUUCUUUCCCUGUUUUUGUCUUUAUUCUUCGUAA